AUGUAUUCUGCUUUGGAAAUUGCUCUCCGCUCUGUUCGUGCUGAAGACGAGCUGAACAGUCUUGGUGCCGGUGCCCUCACAGGAGCAAUAUACCGUAGUCCAUAUGGUCUACGGGCUAGUGGAAUCGGCGCUCUUGUUGGACUACUUCUUUCGGCAGCGUGGACAAUAGCGAAUCCAGACAGCAGGCAACGAAUCUCGGAAAUAUUUGCUUGA